GCCUCCCCGACUUGUGCUGAUUUACCCAUUCAUGUGACACACUGUAGUUUGUUUUUAUCUAUUGCUGACUCAUUCUGCCAAUGUAGUAAAUGAGUUUUGACCCUGUAUGAGGCCCUGAAUCAUGAACAUAAACAAUGAUUAACUUGGAAAGAGCCCUUCCUCCAGGGGCUCACAGACUGUUAGGACUAGUGGCAUUACUUCAUCUGUGGAGGAAGAAAAAGCCUAAGCAUCAUGCCGCAAGAGCAGCCGAGGAAGGAGAAACGAUUUCUGUUCACAUCCGAGUCUGUAGCAGAAGGACACUCGGAUAAAAUGUGUGACCAGAUCAGUGAUGCGGUUUUGGAUGCACAUCUCCAGCAGGAUCCAAAUGCAAGAGUGGCUUGUGAGUGUGUUGCAAAAACUGGGAUGAUUUUAUUGUGUGGUGAGAUCACUUCAUCAGCUACAGUGGAUUAUCAGAAGGUUGUGCGCCACACCAUCAAAAAGAUUGGCUAUGAUGACUCUUCCAUAGGGUUGGAUUAUAAAACAUGCAGUGUACUGCUCGCUCUGGAUCAGCAAUGCCAGGAGAUUACUAGUACUGUCUUUGAUGGCAAAACAGAUGAAAACAUUGGAGCUGGAGAUCAGGGUUUAAUGUUUGGUUAUGCUACAGAUGAAACAGAAGAAUGUAUGCCUUUAACUAUUCUACUAGCCCACAAACUGAACGCAAAAAUAAAAGAACUCAGAGUUACUGGAGUGUUGCCAUGGCUACGACCAGAUGGAAAAACACAGGUUACAGUGGAGUACAGAGACAAUAAUGGGGCAAUGGAGCCAAUUCGUGUCCAUACAGUUGUGAUUUCAGUUCAGCAUGACCCCAGUGCACUGCUUCAAAUGAUGAGAGAAGAAUUAAAAGAAAAAGUCAUCAAAGCUGUCAUCCCUGCAAAAUACCUAAAUGAAGAAACAAUUUACCAUAUCCUUCCCAGUGGGAAGUUUAUCUUUGGUGGCCCACAGGCUGAUGCUGGACUUACUGGUCGUAAGAUCAUUGUUGAUACAUAUGGAGGAUGGGGAGCUCAUGGUGGUGGUGCAUUCUCUGGCAAGGACUUCUCCAAAGUUGAUCGGUCAGGAGCAUAUGCAGCUCGCUGGGUGGCAAAGUCCCUCGUAAAAGCUGGUCUUUGUAGAAGAGUACUGAUACAGCUGUCUUAUGCCAUUGGCUUGAGCUAUCCCCUGUCAAUAUCUGUAUUCCAUUAUGGCACGUCACACUUAGAAGAAGAAGAGCUUCUAGAGAUAGUGAAGAAAAACUUUGAUUUACGCCCUGGAAUCAUAGUGAGGGACCUGGACCUGAAGAAACCAAUCUAUCAGAAAACUGCUUGCUAUGGACAUUUUGGGAGAGAGGAAUUUACUUGGGAGCAUCCUAAAAAGCUGAAAUUAUAGAACUUUAUAUUGACUACUGACACUUGCAGGAUAUAUUUUAAGAUUCUGUUUGUAACCCAUCUCCCAUUCAGUCCUCUGCAUUUAGCGUGUCUUAUAAUCUGUUCAAAGUGAAGGUUAUCUGUAACACAUUAUAUAUCUGAUCAGUGAAUACAGUGAAAUCCUCGAAUAUAAUGUAGUGGUGUUGUGACUGAUGGAGUGACAUAGAAAGUAACAUAAGUUUGCUAACAAUUUCAUUCUUGACAUUGCAGUAAGCAGCCCUACCUCUGGGCUUCAUAUAUAGCAGCUGAUAUUGUACUUUCCUGUCUAAAGGAUGCAAUUUCAAUAAUAUGUGUUGUACCUCACCUCAAAGGAACUAAUCUGACCAGACAAAUUAAGCAAAUAAAUGCUGCACUUAAAACAUGCCAAGGCUCCCAUUCCUGCAUGAGACCCAGUGGCAUCACAUACAAACCAUGCCCUAUACUGGCUGCAGCAAUACUCCAAGUUUAACUAAAACACAGAAGCAUAGACAGUGAUGGAAGGAAAGCACUCAUAUUAUUAGGGAGAAGUAUGACUUGGGAUUCAUGCAAGAUCCCAGUCCUCAUUAUAACUCUCAUUCCAAUUCCUAAAUUAGUUUUUCACAACAACAGAGUUUCUUCACUCUUAUUGAAAUGUACUUGUCUGAAUGAGCUGAAUGUUUGUAUACUGUUCCACAGUUCAAAACAUUCUAUAAAUAUAUCAUACUGUUUCAUAUACUUGUAAAUCUCAGUCUUGUUAGCUUUAAGUUAUACUGCCGUGACCUUAAAUCAUAAUUGUGUUAACUUCCAUGCAAUUCAGUUGAUUUGUCUCAUUUACGAACCGACAUAUCUGUACAAUUUCAUGUAUAUCUUUCAGGCAAUGAGUAUGUAUUAAAAACAUUAAAGUAAUCCUCUUCA